AUGAUCAGCGUCAGUGGUUUUGGUGAUGUCCCAUUGAGCGGUACGCCGAGGUCAACAUCCAAGCUCAUGACUAUUUUGGAGGGGGAGCAGUCCGCCACCCCGCUGCAACCACCACGCCCGCCAAUACACCUCAAGGCCAAGCUCAGGAACAGCCCGCCACCCCGCUCCACCCACCACGUCCGCCAAUACACCACAUGGCCAAGCUCAGGAACAACCCGCCACUUCGCUUCAACCACCACGUCCGCCAAUACACCACCAAGCCACGCUCAGGAACAGCCCGUCACCCCGCUCCAACCACCACGUCCGCCAAUACACCACAUGGCCAAGCUCAGGAACAGCCCGCCACUUCGCUUCAACCACCACGUCCGCCAAUACACCACAAGGCCAAGCUCAGGAACAGCCCGCCACCCCGCUCCAACCACCACGUCCGCCAAUACACCACAACGCCAAGCUCAGGAGCAGCCCGCCACCCCGCUCCAACCACCACGUCGGCCAAUAGAACACAAGGCCAAGCUCAGGAGCAGCCCGCCAUCCCGCUCCAACAACCACCACGUCCGCCAAUACACCACAAGGCCAAGCUCAGGAGCAGCCCACCACCCCGCUCCAACCACCACGUCCGCCAAUACACCACAAGGCCAAGCUGAGGAGCAGCCCGCCACCCCGCUCCAACCACCACAUCCGCCAAUACACCACCAAGCCAAGCUCAGGAACAGCCCGCCACCCCGCUCCAACCACCACGUCCGCCAAUACACCACAACGCCAAGCUCAGGAGCAGCCCGCCACCCCGCUCCAACCACCACGUCGGCCAAUAGAACACAAGGCCAAGCUCAGGAGCAGCCCGCCAUCCCGCUCUAA